CAUCGUUUUUGAAAAAAUGUUGAAGUCCAUGAGGAGCAGUAACGAUCACCUAAUUUCUCUGAUCGUAUCUUCCACCGCGAAACUACAUCUCCGGCAGAUUCACGCCAUCUUGCUUCGCACUUCAUUGAUCAGAAACUCCGACGUUUUCCACCAUUUCCUCUCUCGCCUCGCUCUCUCUCUCGUUCCCCGAGACAUCGACUACUCGCGUCGUGUUUUCUCCCGGAGGAGUAACCCAACUGUCUCUCACUGCAACACCAUGAUCAGAGCUUUCUCCGUCAGCGAAACCCCCGUCGAAGGGUUCCGCUUGUUCCGAGCUCUGAGACGACGGAGAAGCUCUCGUCCCGCAAACCCGCUCUCGUCGUCUUUCGCACUCAAGUGUUGCAUCAAAUCAGGCGACUUUCUCGGUGGUUUGCAGAUUCACGGGAAGAUUAUCAGCGACGGGUUUCUGUCGGAUAGUCUUCUCUUGACGACUCUGAUGGAUCUCUACUCCACAUGCGAAAACAGCAAUUACGCAUGUAAAGUGUUCGACGAAAUUCCCAAGAGAGAUACCGUUUCUUGGAACGUCCUGAUUUCUUGUUUCUUGCGGAACAAACGCACGCGAGACGCUCUGUUUUUGUUUGAUAAGAUGGUGAACGAGGUUGAUGGGUGUGUGAAACCAGACGGUGUAACAUGCUUACUAGCUGUACAAGCUUGCUCCAGCUUAGGCGCGUUGGAUUUCGGUGAAAGAGUUCAUGCCUUUAUCGAUCAAAACAAGCUCGGUGGUGCUUUGAACUUGAGCAACACUCUUGUUUCCAUGUACUCACGAUGCGGGUCUAUGGACAAGGCUUACGAGGUCUUCAAGAGUAUGCGUGAGAAAAACGUUGUCUCAUGGACGGCUAUGAUCUCGGGCUUAGCCAUGAACGGAUUCGGGAAAGAAGCCAUUGAAGCUUUCAACAAAAUGUUGAAGCUUGGAAUCUCUCCAGAGGAACAGACACUCACAGGUUUACUCUCUGCGUGUAGCCAUUCCGGGUUGGUCGAUGAAGGGAUGAUGUUUUUCGAUAGGCUAAGAAGCGGCGAGUUUGGGAUGAAGCCGAAUUUACAUCACUAUGGUUGCAUCGUUGACCUCUUGGGACGUGCACGUCUACUUGAUAGAGCCUACGGUCUUGUACAAUCGAUGGAGAUGAAGCCAGACUCCACCAUAUGGCGUACGCUGCUUGGGGCUUGUAGAGUCCAAGGAAAUGUGGAGCUUGGGGAACGUGUGAUCUCUCAUCUUAUCGAACUCAAAGCCGAAGAAGCUGGAGAUUACAUUCUGUUACUCAACACAUACUCUUCGGUUGGGAAAUGGGAGAAAGUGACUGAACUACGUUCGUUGAUGAAGGAGAGAAAGAUCCAUACCAAACCUGGAUGCAGUGCAAUCGAGCUACAAGGAAGCGUUCAUGAGUUUAUUGUCGACGAUGUUUUGCAUCCGAGAAAGGAAGAAAUUUAUGAAACUCUGGCGGAGAUCAAUCAGCAGCUGAAGAUUGCUGGUUAUGCGGCGGAAACCACAUCGGAACUGCACAAUCUUGAUUCGGAAGAAGAAAAGGGAAAUGCUUUGACAUACCAUAGCGAGAAGCUAGCUAUUGCCUUUGGGAUUCUCGUGACUCCACCAGGGACAACCAUUAGAGUGACCAAGAAUCUCAGAACUUGUGUUGAUUGUCAUAAUUUUGCAAAGUUUGUAUCUAAUGUUUAUGAUCGUGUCGUGAUAAUCAGAGAUCGUUCCCGUUUCCAUCAUUUUAAAGGUGGGUUUUGUUCUUGUAAUGACUUCUGGUGAUGAUGAUUUAUAUACUCUUA